GCCCCUGGUAUAACAUUUGAGGGAAAAGAAGGAAAAAACGAAGUUGAAAACACUUUGAUGAUGAAAAGUUUUGUUCUGGCAACUGGUUGGAGAAAAAAUAUGGUAGAAAGUGAAAAUCUGGGUGCUAUGCGCGUUGAUUGUUGUUGAAUUCCUUUUUGUUACCACCUCACUUGUUAUAAACACCAACCAAUUUCUCUCCUUCUCAUCUACUUUUCUCACUGCUUCCGUGUUUUUUUCUCUCUCUUCAUUACACAACAACAAAGUAGUUGUUAAUAGCCUCUGUUUUCUUCUUGCCACCAAAAUCUCACACCUUCCAUUGCAUCAUCAUUCAUAAAUGGCUCAUCCCACCUCAUCAGGUCAAUCCCAUGAUCUCAAAAAAGAAGAUUGCAAGGAAACAAGAUCACUGGUUGUUUGCUUUGGGGAAAUGUUAAUAGACUUUGUUCCAACGGUGGGAGGAGUGUCACUGGCUGAAGCACCCGCUUUCAAGAAAGCUCCUGGUGGUGCACCUGCCAAUGUGGCUGUUGGUAUCUCUAGACUGGGAGGUUCAUCUGCUUUCAUAGGCAAGGUUGGAGCAGAUGAAUUUGGGUACAUGUUGGGUAACAUUUUAAAGCAGAACAAUGUUGAGACGUCUGGCAUGCGGUUUGACUCUAAUGCAAGAACUGCAUUAGCUUUUGUUACACUUAGAGCGGAUGGAGAACGUGAAUUCUUGUUUUUCCGCAAUCCAAGCGCUGAUAUGCUCCUUCAAGAGUCAGAACUUGAUAAAGAUAUCCUAAAGCAGGCUAGAAUAUUCCAUUAUGGCUCCAUCAGCUUGAUUGAUGAGCCAUGCAAGUCAGCUCACCUUGCUGCUAUGAGCAUUGCCAAAAACUCUGGUUGCAUUCUAUCAUAUGAUCCAAAUUUGAGAUUGGCUCUAUGGCCUUCUGCAGACUCCGCUCGGAAAGGCAUAAUGGAUAUAUGGGAUCAAGCUGAUGUUAUAAAGAUAAGUGAGGAUGAGAUUACAUUUUUGACUGGGGGUGAUGAUCCUUAUGAUGAUAAUGUUGUUUUGAAGAAACUUUUUCACCCAAAUCUCAAGCUUUUAAUUGUUACUGAAGGUUCACAGGGUUGCAGAUAUUACACGAAGGCAUUUAAGGGCAGGGUUGCAGGUGUUAAAGUUAAACCUGUAGACACAACUGGAGCUGGCGAUGCAUUUGUUAGUGGGAUUUUAUACUGCAUAGCUUCUGACCAAACUAUUUUUCAGGAUGAGAAACGUCUUCGAAAGGCUUUAUAUUUUGCCAAUGUAUGUGGUGCCCUCACUGUAACUGAGAGAGGUGCAAUUCCUGCACUACCUACAAAGGAAGCUAUCUUGCAAUUCUUACUAGAAGCAGCUGUAAUAUAAACAGUAUUGACAGAUUUUUGUUAUAAUUGGUUGUUAAGCUAUAGCUUAGGUGAUGCUGAAUUCUUUUUCCUUUUUAAUUAAAAAUUUUGUCUAUGAAAUUUUCUUAUAUUAAUUCUAGUUUUCUUUUGCUCUCAA